AUUGUGGAAGGGAGUGGUGAAGAACUAGUGGUUGGUUUGCAGAGAACGCCGAGAAACAGGUCACCGUCCGGCGCCAUGUGCUAGAUGGCACGACGCUAGGGAUGGGAGAUGGAGGUGGGUAACUGGUGUUGUUGACGUACGAACGUCGGGGAACUUUGUUUGGCUAAGAAGGACACUACCAGCCAGUCAUCUUCGGCAUGUUAUUAACUUCUUUCGCUCUCUGUAUUCUCUUCUUUUCUUGUUGUUGCCUUGCUCUCAAACGAAUAUCCCUUGCCUUCUUCUUCCUCCUCUCCUUCAAAACACAGACAAAUGUCGUCGCCAAUAGAAAGCGUCGCAGAACAAGACCAUCGAGAACAAGCCCGGGAGCAAAGAAACCUGGGCCAUCCAACCCAAUUCGUCCCUCUUUAGCUUCCCACGGGACGCUACAGAUUGACUGGUUCGUUGGAGGACUUCCUCCGUUUCCUUCAGCCGGCUCGCGCCCAACUGUGGCGUCAAGCUCACCCCGCCACUGGCUGCAUUCAGGUGCAUGUCGGUCACCCGGGUGCAAGCUCAUGCGGAUGACCACGCACGCAGCGCAGCGGAGCUCCGAACUUGCAGCCUAUCCUGUUUCAUGUUUCCUACUCCAUUCGGUUCCCUGCUGCACCUCAAUCCACUGCGUUGAGAGCCUUGCGGCGGAGGAAAGCAGGAAAAGACGAGUCUGGAGCCCCCCCAAAAAAAUGGGAGGGCAGGGCUGGCGAAAAAGAGGGAUGGGGAAAUCUGUCUCAAAUUUCGCGCUCUUCGGCGCAGGCGAGGAGGCUCUGCCGCAUUCCCGGUAGUUUGGGACUGCAGUGUCAUGUCGCGUUUGCAGCUGGAGGUGGGUUCUGGAACUCCGCAUGCAGCUCUGAGUAGGCCUCCGUUCGGUGCUGCCCUACCAAUCGCAGUUGAUGGAUGUGGAGAGCUAGCUAAUGGCGUCUUCGUCCGCAGAGGUGCAGAUGUCCUUGAAAUCAGCGCAUGAUAUACGCUGGAACUUGUG